AUGACGCAGCACCCCGCCAUCCAUGACGCUGAAGCCCAUGAGCGGGUUGAGCCAGCUGUACGUGGCGCGGGCGAGCCAGCCAGCGUCCUCGAGAGACGGAAAGGCGUUGCCGGGGCGGAACUCAUCCUCGCGAUCAGAGAAGGGAUUGUAGAGGGGGCGCGCCUCAGGCAGCUCGGCGGGUGUCAUCGUGCCGUACGACUGCGACAGCACAAAGCUGCGGUUGACGCGCAACUUAAGCGGCUUCUUCUUCGGCUGCUGCUGCUGCUGCGCCGCCGCGGCGACAACGUUCUUCAACUCUUCUUCACCCUCCUCGUCGUCAUCAUCGUCGUUGAGCGGGUCGAGGAUGCUGGAACUCCCCAUGCCGGGUUCGAGGGCACUUGGUAUGGAAGCCCGGUCGAGAAACAGUCUGUGGCAGCGGUGCCGCCAACGCCUCUGUGGGGCGUCAUGCGGUAA